CUGGCUGAACCCUCCAAGCUCGGCCUGGGAAGUGGAGGAGUUCAGGGGCGGCCACGGAAGAGUGCACUAGCUUCCUUCGCCUGUAGCUGUUGGUCUCUGGGUUGGCCUUGAAGGUGUGUUGCUGGCUAGACGCGCGGGUGGGAGCUCACGGGGAGAUCUCACCCACCAUUUCCAGCCAUCCCCGCGCUUACAUGUCGUGACAGCAAGAGACAGGCGACAUGAGAGAUUGGGCUACAUGCUACAUCAGUGAACUUACUGGUAGAAGAUAUAAUCUAGAGUGAGACUGAAGGAUAUUUCAAGAUGGCCAAAGAAGAGUCCCCAAGUGUCUCCAGAGACUUGCAGGAGCUGCAAAGGAAGCUGUGUUUGCUGUUAGACUCCUUCCAGAGUAACUCAAAGGUGGUUGCCUUCAUGAAGUCCCCAGUGGGUCGGUACCUGGAUAGGCAUCCUUUCCUGGCGCUCACCAUGCUGAUAUUUAUUAGCAUGUCAGCCAUCCCUGUUGGCUUCUUCCUGCUCAUCGUGGUGCUCACCUCCCUGGGUGCUCUUAUGGGGGCCAUAUUGCUGGAAGGACUGGUCAUCUCUGUGUGUGGCCUCUCACUGCUCUGCAUACUCUGUGGCUUGGGCCUCGUAUCACUUGCCAUGUCAGGGAUAGCCAUGAUGUCCUAUGUGGUAGUGUCCUGCCUCAUGAACUACUGGUUUUCUCACAGGCCCCUGACACAGCAAAAUGCCAACGCUGACUGUCAGCUGGCUAUGAAGUCCACGGACUUUGAGAGGCUCUACCAGGAAUGACGGGGCAGAAUGGAACCAGUUGUUGCUUUCAAAGCAUGCCAGGAAAGCUCUUCCCCUCAUCGCUUGGAUCAUAGCUCAGAGAGAGGGCUGGAUGAUUGCUCUGCUUCGCUGCUCACUGUGUCUAAAGUCCUGCAGUGGCCAGGGCUGCCUCCCCACCUUACCAUUCCCCAGCGUGCAGUCUUGACCUUAGCAGAGUCCUAGGUUUCUAGAACUGGGAAGCUUAACCACUAGGGUCUCUGGGUUGAGUCCCAGGCCCCAUCUGGAAGUAAGGUAGAUUUUUUUAAAAGUUUAC